UAAACGGGCUUAUUUUGGGCCGAUAAACAUAAUAACUUGGGGUUUACGGUACCUUACGAUGAUAAUAGUGUCGGUCAGAAAUCGAAAUUUCCAAACAGUAAUGAGUAACUAAUCCCACAUCGGAGACAAUUAAGAAUCUAAUCUAGUAUAUAAGAAGCAUGAGUUAAUGUAUUAAUUAACAAUUGGCUUUGGGGUUGCUGCUCAUGAAACUUCAUCUGGUAUCAUAAUCCUCGACCCAAUAGGGUUCAUUCAAAUUACGAAAGGAUAAAUACAUGAUCCGAGAUGAUGGAUCUAUUCUCUGCAAGGGGAAGAAGAACAUGAGCCAAAGCCAAUUGUUUUUUUUGCUGUCUAUACGAAUUAAUAAAAUCGCCGGUCUAAGUCAUGCUUCAAUCGAGGACAUGUGUUCCAUAACUUCCAUUAUGUUCUAACUCUUACUUUAGUCAACUCUUUAACUUGGACAUGUAUUUUUACUUUUCCAAGAACAUGUCAUGGAUCAGCAUCAGCUAAUGUUUUGUGAUCGUUUAAAAUUCAUAACUGACCAAGUGGAUCAUCUUCCACCCAAAAUUGUAGGUGGAUCAUGUCUCACCGAUACAUAUCUAUCAUGAAGAAUCUCAGUAGUAUCACUACCGGGUCUGGAAUUCAGACCCGAUCCGCAACUUAUUUGGCCAGACCCGUGACGGUUAUCCACGGUGUUUUGACAAACGCGGUGGAGCAGGUGAUGGAUGCAAUGCAUGCGCCGGUCUACUUCGAGACAUACUACAUAAAGGGGAAAAAUAUGAAUCAUUUGCCGCGGGAAGUAGUGGACUCGAUACGGAAGAACAAAGUGUGCUUGAAUGGAGAGUCAAUAACUCCUUGUGUGGUGGUUAUAGAGAACACGAAAGGUGAAUGUGUAGGGCGGGAGCACGAAGUUGUUCCCGGUGUCAUACAGAGCUUUCAGGUAACAAUGACUAAGUUCUGGUCUGAUCGUAUAGCAAAGUAUGCUUUUGAAUAUGCUAAAUUAAGCAAGAGGAAGAAAGUUACAGCAGUUCACAACAAGGGAAAACACGAAAAACUGGCUGAUUCAUUCUUCUUGGAAUCUUGUCAAGAAGUUGCUAAAAUGUAUCCAAGUAUCACCUACAACGAAAUCGGUAUUGAUAAAUGCUGUUUGCAACUUGUAGAGAAACCAGAGCGAUUCGACGUCAUUGUAACUCCAAAUCUCUAUGGGAACAUAAUUGCAAACAUUGCUGUUGGUAUUGCUGGAGGAGGCAAUAAUGGGGAAAUUAUACCUGGAGGAAGUUUUGGUUCUGAGUAUGCAAUCUUUGAUCAAGUUGGAUCAGUAGAAAACCAUAAAAAUCCUGUGGCAUUACUGUUCUCUUCGGUUAUGAUGCUGAGACAUCUCCUGCUUCCUUUAUUUGCAGAUCGGCUUGAAACCGCCAUGAAACGUGUUGUCUCUGAAGGAAAGUGUGGAAACAGUAAUACUACUACACAGGAGGUUGUUGAUGCUGUAAUUGCAAACUUGGAUUGACUUCACACACCGAGAAUC